AUGUCGUUGAAGGCAAUCUCAGCCAAAGAUGCGGCCUCGCUUGAUACGGAUCUCAUGGAAACCGGUGGCUGGUCCCUAGACCAAUUGAUGGAGCUAGCGGGCCUCUCUGUCGCGCAAGCAGUAUGGAAAAUCCAUACCCCAAGCGCAGGGAAGAAUAUCCUAGUUGUCUGUGGGCCAGGCAAUAAUGGAGGAGAUGGCCUCGUAGCCGCUCGACACCUAGCCCACUUUGGCUACACACCAUCAGUGUACUACCCAAAACAGGGCAAAAACGAGCUCUACCAACGCCUCAAAACCCAACUCCAAAACCUCUCAGUCCCCUUCAUAGACGACUUUCAACCAGCCCUAAAGACAACAGACUUCCUGGUUGAUGCCAUCUUCGGCUUCUCCUUCGGUGGACCAUUGCGCGAUCCUUUCCCCGAAAUCAUCUCGCAAAUCGAGUCCGCUAACGUCCAGGUGCUGAGUGUUGACGCGCCUAGCUCAUGGGAUAUCCAGAGCGGACCGCCGAAAGAAGGACCUGGUGCGAAUUUCAUGCCGCAUGCACUGAUCAGUCUAUCUGCCCCUAAGCCAUGUGUGGCGUUUUAUCGCGGCAGGCAUUUUAUCGGUGGUAGGUUUUUGACGAAGAACAUUACUGAUAAGUAUGGGCUUGAUCUACCCAAGUAUCAGGGUGUUGAGCAGGUUUUGGAGAUUGGGGUUGAUGCGGAGGGGAGAUUAUAA